CCGUGUUUGACGUCGCAUCCCUCGUCCUUUACGGCUCACGCGCGCUACCCAUUCGACUUAAGAUUUUGCUCGAUCAGUUGUUUAACCAGUUGCCUCACGCGAAAGUGACACGACUUCUAGCCGCUUUCGGCUGGACACACGAGGAUUACUCCAGAGGAUACAUACUGCAGGACUCGCAGAACGGCCCACUGCUGGACCGAUGGAGUAUCUGUUCAGCUGAGGAGGAGCCGCUGGUGCUACAGCAGUUCCUGAGAUUUCCCGAGACGCGGCCUCUAGUGCAGCAGCUACUGCUGGCUGCCGGAACAACUUCGUCUACGGAUGCUAUGUCACCGAGUAGACGACCGUCACCGCCGACUAUGCCAUUAGCACACUUGCCACCAUCGAUGCACUUAUUACACUGCCGAUUGCCGCAUCCUGGUUCACGAUUAGCACCCUCGCUGCCACCAACAACUUCAUCUCAUCUCUCCAUGUCGCCGUCCGCACAGACAAAACACUUUACGCCAGCAUCAACCGCAUCUUCAUCAGCUGCCAACACUCCGGGCAACAAUUGCAUCACGACGUCGCCACCUCGCAGUAUCGAGUCUUCGCAUUUGGCUUCGCCUCUAAACAGACUCCAGAACAUGCAGCCCUUCGAUUUACGUGAAUUUGGUGGCCUCGGAUUGGCGGGAUUCCCGCCAUUGGGUCCACCGCCCCUAGAUCAGCUGAUGCAGGCCAGAAAAUCACUGCGCCCGCACCCACAGAGUCCACACAGUCCGCCGCAUCAUUCUACUGCUCAACUGAGGCCUCCGAUGCCAGUAGCGCCGAUCUCCACUACUGCUCUGGCAUUUGGUCAUCCUCUAGCUGUUGCGGGAUCAUCUGGAGCUUUGCCUCCAAACUUCCCAGUUAAUUUCUCUCAUCACGCGAUGGGAAAACUCAACACCGUGUUAACGGGACAAGCUAGUGCUGAUGUAUUCAGCGGCGGCGAAAAGAGCAUCAGUGAAGUUGGCUCCGAGACAGAAGACGACGAUGAGAACUCCGGCAGCGCAUUGAAUUUAAGUAGAAAAGAUUCUGGAAGACAUGACAAGCGAUCCAGACCUACAGUAUCUAUGCAAGGAACUCCGGCUCUCAGCAGACCCCAGGGAGUCCCUGGCAGAAAAUCACAAUCUCCUGGCAAACGCAGCCAGUGGGGAACUACGUCCAACUUGCCUCCAAACCUGGGUACGCCUUUCAUAAAUCCUGCAACGGGUAAAAAACGUGUCCAGUGCAACGUAUGUUUGAAGACUUUCUGUGACAAAGGAGCACUGAAGAUUCACUUCAGUGCUGUCCAUCUACGAGAGAUGCACCAGUGCACCGUCAAAGGCUGCAAUACUAAAUUCAGCUCGCGACGAUCACGUAACCGUCACAGCGCAAAUCCAAAUCCUAAACUACACUCGCCUCAUUUGCGUCGUAAGAUUUCUCCGCACGACGGCCGCUCGUCAAUGGCCCACGCUCUGGUGUUGCCUCAACAAAUAGGAUUGCCCGUGCCGGCCAGUGGACUGAAUCAUCUUCCCUUUGGUUCAUUUCCUCUGCUGACUCCGCCACCAGAUCUCCGGUCACCCGCGUCGCUGUGCGCGCUAGACUUCAAACACCUAGAUCUGUCGUCAACCCAAAGCCAAGUUAUGUCUUACGACGAAGCAAUUCAUCAGCGGAUGAUAACCACCACUGCAGCAACGACCAUCCCAUCGACUGGCCCCUUCUCGGCGUUCUCAAACACCAUCACCACCAGCACACACAAUAAUAUGAGAGGGUCAUCCAGCACUGCAAGUACUACUGGCGGCGCGUCACCGUCAUCACAAGCGCCGUCAAUAAUACUCGAGGGCGAAGAAGACGAAGACGAUGAAGAGGGCAUUGUGAUUGUUGGAGAUGAAAUGGACUCAAUGGACGCCACAAUGGUUGGUCGUUCAUCGCGAAACGAGGACGACCGAGAAUCGACAACUCAGCCAUUUAAUCUGGCAACAAAAAGACCGAAACUAUCAAUCGGCGAAACUGGCGAUGAAGAUCUCGUUAGUAAUGCUGACAGUGUAGAUGACACCGACUCAAUGGGUGCUACUGAUCACCACUCAGUAUCUUUCAACAACAACGGCCCUCAUUUCCAACAUCAGCAGCAGCAGCAACAGCAACAACAACAGCAGCAGCAAUCCAAUGCUGCUGCAGCUGCGGCAUUCAAUAAUCGUGGAGUGAGAAAAAGAAAGUCUCAGCAUCCAACAAGGUGCGCAAUGCCCACAGAAAUCCACUCGUCCUCAACUGACGGGGAUUCAUCAAACGACGCGGUCUUUCAAGACCAACCAGAAGACAUGUCAAUGUCCCGACUGGAGGCCGAGCAGCAAAGCAAGGCCUCGCUCUCACCAAGCAUCUCCAAUGCCACUGACAAUGAGUCGACUCAUGUGGCCGAUAUCAAGGAGGUGAAACAAGAGAGAACCUCCGAGACUGAUAACAAUCCAGGUGAUCAACAGCAAGACGAGCCGAGGGACUUGAGUUCACGAGCCAGCAGUGUGAGGUCACCAAAAAGAUCUCAUUCACCUGAACCUAAACGUGAACCACGUUCUCCAUCACCGUCGCCUGCAGCAGACGAGUCUGAGUCUGCUCAGUCAAAGUCCAGGCGCUUGAGCAGCGAGCCCGAUGAUCCAAAAGAUGAGAAAGACUUGAGUGGCACCACAGUCGAGUCCACCAGCUGUCACACCACCAGCAUCGCUCCCGUCCAGAUCAAGGAGGAGCGCUGCGAAGAGUCCAACGCCGAGGGGUCCAGAGCAGCAACCGAUCCCGACGAGGAGGACGACGACGAUGUUGAGGAUGAGUCGAAGGACGAGAGCCGUCUUAAAAGAGAAGGUGAGCGUCCCGAUGUAUCCUCCCGUGCCCCGAGCUCGGUCGACAGCUACCCGACUGCUAACGACGAACUCUCCCUCGACUCCUCGAAUGCUUUGCGUCAACUCGAGUCCUUGUCGCAGGGUCGCAUGAUGAUGAUGGGUCCAUACACCACCGGUUCUGGGAGCCAUCAGCACCAGCAGCACCACCACCAGCAGCAGCAUCAUCAGCGAGGUUCAACAUCGAGGCCUGGCCGCAUCUCCACCAGCCCUAUCAACAUCAGCAGCCUCACUACCAACAUCACCACCAGCAGCAGUCCGCCAUUGAUGAUGCAACAGGACACCAACAGCAACAUGGACAACUACUCUCGUGGCUCGCGCUCGUCCAGCGCCUCGCCCUCCACAGCGGCUACGGAUACGGACAAUAGUCUCAUCACGUACGCAAGGUACGAAAACGGUGGGUUUGUUAGUACCCAAGAGGUACCAUUAGACAGGGACAAUCCUCGAAGGUGUACCGCCUGUGGCAAGGUCUUCCAAAACCACUUUGGCGUAAAAACUCAUUACCAGAACGUCCAUCUGAAGUUGAUGCACCGCUGCAGCGUGGACGGCUGCAACGCGGCCUUCCCAUCCAAGCGCUCUCGCGACCGACACUCUGCUAACCUGAACCUCCACCGCAAGCUCCUGUCUACGUCAUCCAGUCCGCCGACUUCUUCAAGUCUACCGCCGAGUCUGUCACCGCGCAUGGACGAGCAGAUGAGCCCACUCCUGCACAACGACUUCCUUGCGCGACUGUACGCCGACGCGAGCAUCAGUAGUCUCGGCGGCUAUGGUCUCCCCUCAGCAGUUGAUCUCGCCGCAAGAAUCCCACCGCCACACUUGCUGAUGCCGCCGCACUUGAGUCCCUUUCCCGGGCUCUCGUCCUUCGCUAGCCACCUCGCGGGUCUCAACGGCCUUACGCACCAGCACCUCAACCAACUCAACCAGCUGCGGCUAAAUCAAGAGCCUCGCAGUCCUUCCAAAUCGCUGUCAUCGCCCGCCACCUCUCCGAUCGCCUCCUCGGACGAUAGAUCCACAGAGGAGGCCGUCAGGUGCACAAUAGCCGGAUGUGAUCGCGUCUUUGGAUCCCGCGCAGUACGAGAUGCUCACUCCCGAGAUCCUCAAGCUCAUCGAGACCUCCCAGUUAUAUCAACGAGUGCCAGUGGCUCGUGACCAACGUCCGCGUAUCCGCUCGCGAUCUCCCGCCGCGGCUACGAGCAACCUUACCCGUAAUCCCGAAAUCUGACGUGGCGAAUUCAAUAUAUAUAUAAAUAUAAAUAUAUAUAUAUAUAUAUAUAUAUAUAUAUAUAUAUAUAUAUAUAUAUGCAUAUAUAUGUAUAUAUAUAAAUAUCCUUAAACACUGUGGGAUGGACUGGAUCUACUCGUUCUCACUCACACCCCGCGCAUAAGAUCGCAGCCCGAUUACGAUACAUCAAAACCAUUUGUAUUUUUUUAUUAUCUUUCUUUAUAACUUAUGUAUUAUUAUUAUUAUUUUUUUUUUUUGACCUUUUUUCGUAAACUUUUACUCAGUCUUAUCGUACUUUAAUGUUCUCCGUACGUACUCGAUUCGAAAUAACGAUACGCGGAGUUGUGUUUCAUCACCCCACGUUACAACAAACUCAAGCGUGAUUAAUAAAAAUAUAUAUAAAUAUAUAUAUAGUGUUUUAAAUACUUGAAACUAUCUUUAAUGAAAUAAUAAUAACAAUAAUAAUAAAUGUUUUAAGAUGAAGUAGCGAGAGAUAUUUAUUGUAUUAAUUCCGAGAAUCGGAAUUAUUGAGAUAAGAAUUUUAUCAUCGUUGUGAUUACGUACACUAGUGUACGCUAAUAUAUAUAAUCAUGCUUAGCAAUACUCUGUAUAUACUUAAUCAAUGAAUAUUAUUAUUAAUUAUUAAUUAACAUAAUCGCGAAAAGUUCUCAUUAAAGUAUCUCGCGGUUUUUGUAAAGAGUCCGGACAAAAAUGGCAGCUAAGAUAAAAAAAAAAAUAUUAUAAAGAGAGUGGGUAUUAUUGCAAUGAGAUUUAAAAGUUUUAAGAGACUGGUGCCACUUCUCUGGUGUAGAUUAAUUUAAUAAAUAAAUAAUUAAUAAAUUAAGUGACCGAGGAAAAUUAUAUAGAUAAUUAUUUAUUUGUUUUCUUUAGGGAUCAUAAUAAAUAUAUGAUCUGUAUUUAACAGGCGGCCAGUAGCGGGCACUGCCGCAAUAAUAAUAAUAAUAAUAAUUAUUAAUAAAUAAAUAAAUAAAUAUGAUAAUACACUUCCUACUGAUAAAAAAUUUUAAGUCAUGAUCGUUAAAAAAAUUAUCUACUAGAUAAAAAAAAAUUAUACUGAAAUUAACAGACUAACAAUUUAGGGAUUUUUUUUUAACUAAUUA